CUCGCCCACGUUCCACCUCCACGGGCGACGCCGGCAGCCCACACCCCGAACCCCGGACCUCCGCCGCCGCCCCGCCCUCCCAAGACGCCCAUCCACGAGGAAGAAAGGCCCGCAAGUCACCGGUUUGGCGUGCCUCCCGCAUUCACCGGUGCCAGGAACCCCGUGCCGCCUCCCCCCCCUAGUCGGAACACAGGACCUCCUCCUGCGCCGCCCAGCCGGGGACCGGUUCCUCCGGCGCCACCCCCAAGAGCACCUGCGCCCUCCAUGCCCGGGCCACCCCCGCCUUUACCCCCGAAAGGCGCUGGCCCGCCACCCCCGCUACCACCUUCGACAACGCGGCCGGUGCCCCCUCCUCCUGGCGCCAACGGCAUCCCCGCGCCUCCUCCUCUGCCGCCGAGCGGCGCACCUGCCCCUCCUCCUCUGCCAUCAGGCGGCGCACCUCCCCCUCCUCCUCUGCCAGCAGGCGGCGCACCUCCCCCUCCUCCCCCGCCGCCUCCACCACCGGGAGGCCCAGGCGGUCCUCCUCCCCCGCCACCACCUCCUCCGCCCGGCGGGCUCGGCGGUCCACCCCCGCCACCGCCAAUGCCGAACCGCGAUUCGGGGUACGCAUCGGGCGUGCCGCCCGCCGCCGUGCCAAGCGGCGACCUCAGCCGUUCGGCCAUGCUGGACGGCAUUCACAAAGCCGGCGGCAUCGGCGCGCUCAAGAAGGUCGACAGGUCGCAGAUUCGCGACCGAAGUUCAGCUCAGGUCGGCGGCGGCGGCGGCGGCGAUACGGGUCCCCACGGCAGCGGUCUGCCGCCGGCCGGCGCGUCAAGCGGAGGCGGUGGAGGCGGAAUGGCUGACGCGCUGGCCGCGGCGUUGCAAAAGAGGAAGGAGAAGGUCAGCAGGAGUGAUGACGAGCGCAGCGACAACGAUGACUGGUAA